AAUGCAGAAUUAAUCCAAGGUAUUUUGAACGUUACAUUAUACUCAAACAUUACAAUUCAAUGCUCAAGCGACGGAAACCCUAAACCAACCAAUUUCACCUGGAUAUGGCCAACAGGAAAUACAUCCACGGGAAAAGAUAUAUCCUUUGUAAAUAUUCACCGUGGGAAUCACGGAAGCUAUACAUUGAUGGUUGAAAAUGUCAUGACUCCGAGCAUCGGACCGCAAAUCAGAGGAUAUUCUAAUGCAACUUUUGAUAUCAAUGUUCAAUAUCCGCCAGAUAUUCCUGUUAUUUUAGUCAACUCAACGUGCAUGAAAACUCUAUGUUAGACCACAACUUCCUUCAAGUAUUAGAACUGGAUCGGGUGAGUGUGGAGUGCUUUGCGGCUGGAAAUCCGGACCCAACUUGCCAAUGGAUCAAUCAUUCACAAUCGAGUACACUCAAUUUCCCGAAGGCCUCUAAAACAGAUAUAGGAACCUAUGCUUGUCAAGCUUCCAACACAAUGAACACAUCAUACGGAAUAACAGUGGUUGGACGAAAUGAUUCAUCGUUUUAUCUUGAUAUAUUGUAUCCACCAAAAAUAACUAACCUCAACACAAUGGUUGAGGUCAUUGAAGGUGUUAACUUUAGUUUAAUUUGUAACACGGAACCGGGAAAGCCAAAUGCUACGUCAUAUUCCUGGAGAAGCACUCAUCAACCUGAAAGAAAUACAUCUGAUCAGAACCUUAAAAUUCAUAACAUUUCUCGAACUGACGAAGGAGUAUUUACAUGUUUGGCUAAAAAUAAAAUGUACCCAACUGGAUGUCAAGAAGUAACAGGAAGCGAUAUGGAACACGUAUAUGUGGAUGUCCAGUAUAUGGCUUUGAUUACGUUUACUGUUCAGAAUUCUACUGUGUAUCGUGGGGAUCAAUUUAUACUUACUUGUGAAGUGGAUAGUGAUCCACCUGCUGAUAUGAUAUUAGCAUUGUAUCACCCGUUGGAACCACCCUAAACUAUACCCGUGAAAAUAAUCAAUUACACUAUAUCAAGAACAGCUCGUGCUUAGAAGACAUCGGUCAGUUUUCGUGUGUGUCUGAAAACAAGCACAAUCGUAACCAACCCGACAGGAGAAACGUCACAGUUGAUGUCAGAUGUGCACCAAUGUAUAAGCAUAAUGAACGGCCAACUACAGUCGUGUCUACCACUCCCGGGGGGAAGGCAGUUUUAUACUUUUCAGUAUUUUCGAACCCUUUCCCAAGCUCUAUUAUAUGGAAAAAUCUUACAUAUCAUAUGGUACUCUCAACUGAUCAUGACGGAUUGGACAGAGUCACGAUUAAUACAACGGAAGACAACUCAACAUCUGUAGUCACAAUAACCAACGUUGGAUUGUGGGACUUGAGUGAUUACUCAGUAACUGCGGAAAAUGAUUUCGGGAUUUUAAAAGAAACGUUCCGAAUAAUACUUAAUGAUAGCGCUGGAUCUGACGGUGGGACAUCAACCUCGACCAUUUUUGACAAUGUAACUGGACCAGUGAUAGGAGGCAUAGUCGCCGCUGUGUGCUCCGUGGUGAUAAUAGCAGUUUUAAUUGUUAAAUGUGUUAAUAGAAAACGGCAAAGUGGCUUAGAAUGUGACAGACGGAGGGAAGAAUGUGUUUCAAAAGAUGAUACACAGUACGUCGAUAUUUCAAUGGUUCACAGAAGAACAGUUACCGAAUACAAACAUCUUGACUUUCAGAGAAGAACUGCAGAAAGCAGGUUGCAAACACCAUUAAAGGACAGCGUUAUAUAUGAAAAUUUGAAAUUGCCAUCAACACAAAGCAAUGCAUUAACAUGAACUUAAAGUUUCGAAGGUGUUGUAAAUAUAUACCAUUUCCUUUUGUGACGUGUAUACAUGGACUUUGUUACAAUGUUUGAUCUUUAGCAUGUAUUUUGCAAUUUAAACAUUUAUCGAAAUUUGAAAACUGAGAUAUUCUUAAUUUAAAAGCAAAACCUGACUGUCAAACUUCCUACUAUAAUACUCCUAAUGUUUUAAAAUAUUUUGACUUAUCAUUUUAAAUUUACAAUGUACUGUACAAAAGGCUUAAUGAAAGAGGGUACCUCACAAAGUUAUGUUACAAAUUGCUUUCUAUACUCUAUAUUCUGU